UAUUGUGAUUUUUGCCAGUGCACUUUUCCAGAUAAUGUAAAAAAUAGAAAGAAUCAUAAUGAGGGAAUAGCUCAUGUAAAUAAUCGUAAAUUACACUAUGAUUGGUAUAAAGUUAUAGAUCCUUCUAUAUUUUUACAAGAACAAAUAGCCAAACCACCUUGCAGACAUUACCAACAAUAUGGAUAUUGUGAAUUUGGAAUAUUAUGUAAAUACAGUCAUAUUACAUAUGAUCCAAAUACAGGUCAAUACAUAUAUCCUCCUGAGCUUAUUCAAUGGUUUCAACUUCAACAGGAAGAAGCGCUUUCGUCCACUGUUAAUCUAGAAGUAACAGAAAAAACUAAAAAAAAGAGAACACGAUACAAAUUACCCUCUGGAUGGAAAGUAAAAGACUUGCCUCCUUCUCUAAAACCACCUCCACCAAAACAUGGCUAUGAUUGGAAUCAGGUGGGUUCAUGGUCUUGA